UAUCACCAUGGCUUCACAAAUGAUGAGGGCCGGCAUGCCUAUGCAGCAAAUGGCCCCGCAACCCAUACUCCCAGCAGAUCAAGAUGUGAUUAUUCGCACACUAAACGACGUCAACCAAGGUGACGAAAGCAAACUGAAAGCGGUGCAGGACGCCUGGAAUAUGUUUGAAGUAUUCAACACUACUCCCACAUUUGACCAGUUUUUGGACAGUUUGAUGCGAGCUUUUAUGAAGCUAUUCAGUGAAACGGUACCGCAGUUUAUACAGGAAAACAAUACUCAAACUUUGCGGAAAGCUAUGCUGGAAAUGAUACUCAGAACAUCAGCUUAUGAGCCGGUGAAACAGAUGUCGAAGGAAAUCCAGAAGCAGAUGAUGCGAAUCAUCGUACUGGAAAAUGAAGAAAAUGCUAUCCUGGCUAUCAAGAUCUUGGUGGAUCAUAGUAAAAUUACGCGCACCCAUCUUAUCCCAGAGGUGUCAGUUAUGCUGCAGCAUUUCAAGCAAUGGAUUAAAUGUAUGUGUAGCUGUCUUGUGAGACCUCAUACCUUUGAUACGAUAGAUCUCACACAUCCGGCUGUGCAGCUCCCGGAAGAGACUGUUAUAGAAUCGUACCUUCAACAAUGCUAUUAUGUGCAGUCGGUGAUGCUAUACCCUCCAAGUGGAGCUAUGGAUGCCCCGAAAUAUACUUUGAUACCGAGAGCUAGUCAGUCAUUGAAAACUUUCCAAGAAAUCCCAAUGUUGGUCAUUUUCUUGUACCAGCAUCAUAAGGCAGGAGUUCAAGCAGAGGCCAUGGAGUUUCUUCUUUGCUGCCUCGACUUUCUUAGCAUACAAAUAUCCGCUGAACAAAAAGCGGAUGAAAAGUAUAACAAAACGCUAGCGGAUGAUUUCUACACUGCGCAGUCGAAAAUGCUUGCUUAUCUGAGCAUAAUGGGGAAGAUACGUGAAUUCAUGGAGCAGAUCUUGGCAAAUGGAGACAGAUUUAUUAACGGUGUACUCAGCCUCCUAGAACAAUGUCCAGCCGAACUGAUUGUUGUUAGGAAGGAUGUUUUGAUCACACUGAAAUUCUUCUUCAUCUCUGAUCUCCGCCCGAAGUUUAUCCAGCUUCUACCUCGGCUGCUAUCUGAAGUCGCUCUUAUUGGCUCUGGAUACACAGCAGUGGAUCAUCUCAGGGGUUAUUUUUAUCAAACUAUGGCUGAUUUUCUUCACCAUGUACGAUCGUCCCUCUCUUUCGAGAUGCUUGCCCAUGUGGCUUUUGUCUUCUGCAGAGAAAUGCAUGAUAAUCUUCUGCCAUACCAGAUACAAGUCAUAUGUGCUAGAAUGCUGAGCAGUGUGCUGGAGGGGUUGACGAAGCAUGCGAAAGAAGGAGAAGCGACCCGUGAUCUCAUCCUUAUGAUUUUGGAAAGUCUUGUUGUGAAGCUGAAGAUGAUUGCUGUCUAUCACCUUCCACUGCUGUUCAAGCAACAUGCUGCAGAAAUCAACUAUGACUACAAAUCUUGUGAUCGGGACGGAUCGGAGGCUGUGGAGAACGAAAAGGGCGAUGAUGUUAUACGAGAAGAAGUUCGCAGAUGUUCAAUUGACACUGCACCUGAGAUGGAAAUAGGACCUGCUGAACCACCAAAACCUCCAGAACCCACUCUACCGCCGCCGAAGGAGAAUGAACACAGAAAAUCAAGUCCUAGCACUAUUCUUACUCAGAUGUAUACGAUGAAUGCUCCACCUAUACCCUUGACUGAAGCCAGGACUAUAGUAAAGUUUAUAUUGCUGGCGUGUAAGAUGGGAACGACUGCUCUGGCUGGAGCCAAUAGAAGCUCGCAGUCGCCUCCUUUGGUCCACGAGAAAGAUAUCUUUGAAAGAAUGUUCAAGUACUGUGUCCAGUGUUUGGAUGUUUAUAUGAUCCCGUAUCCUCAGCCUCCUUCACGGGUGCAAGUACCGAAUAGUGUGCCCGGUGGUACGCGAUCAAAGGAGGAGAAAGAUGCACUUGACGCUCUGGCAUCAUUGUUUACUAUGCUGAAUUUGGACGUCUUUGGAGAGAUUUUCACCAAGUACAUGGACUUCUUCGUUGUGCGGAUGGCAAAAAAUCUUCCGCUGCAGCUGGCAUGCAAUGCUUUCCUCGUACGAGCAGAUGUAUCCUUUAGAUUUGGUUGCAUAAUUGUAAAAUAUUUGAUGGAUCGACUUCCUUCCCUAGCUGUGAUGAACGAUGUAUCCCAGCUCUAUGUAAAACUCUUCAAAAUUAUUUUUUCCGCGAUUGGCUGUCAAAACUCGGCUAGUCCUGAUGGUGAGAUAAUGCUAAAGCCAUAUCUGCCUGAGUUGAUACGCAAGUCGAUGGAAUACGCCUUGUGUGCUCGAGAUCCUAUCAAUUACUUCAUGCUUCUACGAGCACUAUUCAGAUCUAUAGGAGGAGGGCUGCACGAUAUUUUGUAUUCACAAUUUCUUCCUCUUUUGCCCGAUCUCAUGUUGUUCUUCAAUAAACUCCAGUGGUGCGAUCAUCGUCAAAUGAUGCGCGAACUAUUUGUCGAGUUAUGUUUGACGGUACCAGUACGGUUAUCUACUCUACUUCCGCAUCUCCCGUUGCUGAUGGAACCUUUAGUUUGUGCUCUCAACGGCGGACCAAAUCUUGUUCAGCAAGGACUGCGUACACUCGAGCUUUGCGUAGACAACCUCCAGCCUGAUUUUCUAUUUGAUAAUUUUUCACCAGUACGUGGAGGCAUGAUGCAAGGGCUGUAUAAAGUCGUCGGCAAGUCUGGAGAUCCUCUUUCUGUAGCCACCGCCGUCAGAGUACUGGGGAAGUUUGGCGGUGCUAAUCGGAACAUGUUUACGGAGCCUCCGAAUCUGAAAUUCCGUCCCAGUGGCGAUGAACCUCCAUAUACAAUACGAGUUGCAUUUGAUCGACCAAAUACUGGAGAGACGUUCUUCACGACCAUCUAUGGUGAUAUUUCUCUCACUGAAGUUGUCAGAACUGCGCUCAAGCAAAUGCGACUGGAUUCUACGCAUUCGCAUUACUCUCCACAAGUUCGUCAAUAUGCUAUGGAGUUGGCACGGUCGAUAAUGCUUUGCAGCAUGGGACCAGUUGAUCUCACAGAUGAAUGGAAAAUGAAGCUGAAGGAUAUUCUCAGGGAGCAGUUCAAGCGUCUCGAUAGUGCCCCUAAAGGAUGUACAGCUUAUCGCUGUUCGAGGGAGGGUGAUCGCUCCCUUCAUGCUGACGCAUUGAUGAUUUUGUUUUGUGGCAUCGUUGGUAAGGAUCUUCGCAGCAAGUAUAUCAAGUUUUUCAACGCUACCAUUCGUUAUCUAACCCUGCAGGCUUUGCUCGAGUUCAGUGGGCGAGCUUCUCUAAUGUCCAUGGACAAUUGUGCACAGUGUAUGGAUGGUGGAAUUCUUGUUGAUGCAAUCGUGACAGCACUUUCCGAUUCUACGAAAGAUUUUUGCCAGUCGGCGAUCGUUGCUCUUCGCCACAUCAACGAUGUGUGCAGGGUAAUCAUUCCAAAUCUGGAAGUGAUGCCUUUGAUACCAUUUGUGCGGUAUCUCCUAGAAAGCGUUAGCGCGCUUUGUUAUGCCUCUUCUUGGUUUGUACGACUUGGAGGAGCAAGCGGAUUGACUUAUUUCAUAGAGAAUUAUCCUGAUUCUGUAAUUCUAGCUAAUAUGAGCAGAUUCAUGGAUAGUCUUGUAGAGGUUCUUGUCGGUAUGACCGAUCAGGUAUCCUGUGGUGCUGUGGAUAUGGCAGUAGGAGCCAUUGAAAAGUUGUUGAAACGAUGCUUAGCGGAUUGCAAGCUUGAUGAUCCAAAAGUAUCAAUAUUCAUGAACUCUGUUGCCAGUCAGCUGUUUAGUGGUAGCCAGAAUAUUAGGAAAAAGACCCUCUCUUUGCUCAAUCUAUGUGCGGAUGUGCUGAAAGAGCCGUUUCCUGCUUUGAUGUACGCCUACAGGCACCUCUUUGUGUCACACACAGAAAGGGCAAUGGAAGAAUUCAAUGUCUUGGCCCUGCUCGAUCGUUGUGGCUCUCUAGAAGCACUGUGCACCAUUUUCGUCUGCCAGCCCCCUCUUGUUGAUGUGUCAAUAGGACUGGAAAGGACACAGAAGUUCUUGAACGAGUUGAUUACCGUGUGUCAGAUGCCUAUUAGCGAAAUGCUUGAACUUGAUCUCUUCAAAUCUAUGGAAGGAUGUCCUGCACAUUUCUUGCCUCCGCAUACUGUCAGCGAAAAAGCUGAGCACUAUAAAAUUAUGGCUGUCAGAGCGCUGGUGGCGUUGUACAAAUCGCUUUUGCGAGACGUCUCUGAAAAUGGCAUGGAUACAUCAUCUGAAGCAGGUGACGGUGAAGAAGGCAGAGUGACACUUUGCAAAAUUGCUUGCGUUGCUGUUGAAACCGUCUUGUGUCCAUUGAAAUCUGUAGUACAAGCGGCUGAAGAAGCUCUUCUACAGGUGGCUCCCGUCAAUGCCGAAUGUUUGAAAAGAGUUGGAGAGCACGUUUUUGCUCAGUUCCGCGAACCCCAAGGUGAAGGGUUGAAUUCCGAAAGUGUAGCUCAACUUUAUCGCCUAGUGCGUUUAAAUACUUCGCUAUUCGACAUUACCUUGGCUACAAAUUUGGUGUCAUACAUCUGCGAACAUGCAUCACGUCUCCCUGUUGAUAUGGCUGCCUCUUCUAUUCCUCCAAUAGAUGGACAAGAUGUAGAAGCAAUCACCCAGGCUGUCCGGUUGAUACUGCUCGUGGAUUCCCCAGCUCCCAAACUAGCCACUGAUUUAGCUGCUUUUAUAGCUUACUUUGAUCAUCAUUACUGCACAAGUUCCUACGAUGCUUGGGUACCACCACUAGCCACACUACUCUCACGAUAUGCUCGGGAAUCGAUGGCUUUCUUCUUGACCGAAGAAUCCCUAGCCAUGCCUUGCAGAAGAGCAUUGCUUAGAAAGCUUAUCAAAGACGAGGAAUGCAGUCCAUUACGUGCACUGUUGAUGGAGGAUUCGACAUAUUUCAACAAUAUGCUUGAGAACAAAGUCAUGGAUCCAUCAGGUGAAUGGAAAGAAGCAUCUGAUGCACAUCAAAGCGAGAAUGACAUAAUGGAGCGUGAAAUGCUUUGUUUGCACAUCAUCGACGCUGUCUCCAGAAGGAAUGUUCUUUGGUUUGCUGGUGCGAAGGAGCUUAUUCUCAAGCUCAGACAGUUGUGGAACAAUGGAGAAUUCAAAUCUCGUUACGUAGUUCAUGCUCCGUGCGACAAGGAUCUCGUUCAACUGACCAUCAAAAUGAUGACCGAACACAAGUACAAGGUCCCCAGACUUAUUGUCAAUUGCUUCAUUCGAUAUUAUAGGCACAAUAAUAAUGAUCUGGAUCUCCUGUGCGACAUCCUUUUCGUAUUUAUCGGUCGCUAUGUGACAGAUUUUAGCUUCGUUCGAGAAUUCCUCGAAAAGGAAGUGAUUCCGGCAUACUCAAUGGAGUGGAGGAGAAAAUUGUUUUCUUUUGUGUUAGAGAAGUUUGAAGCUGGUGGAUCAACCGUAAUCAAAGAUCUCCUGUAUGUAAAGAUUCUACAAUAUGUGCUGAUUCCAAGUCUACAGUGGGCAUUUGAGCGAUACAAUGUGGAUGAGAUCUUGGGUGUGUUGCAAAACCCACAGGAUCAACCGGAAAUGGAUCCUGAUGAUUUGGUCUAUCGACUAGCCCAUAUUAUCGACCAAAGUCGCCAAGUCAUGAGCGAUGGCAUUGUGAUAGCUUUGUAUCAGCUCAGUACCCUGCUCGUCAAAUACGCACCUCGUCACGUACAUAAUAAUGAUUCAAAAAAACAUGGCUGGCGAUUGCGAGUGUUCAUGCUGUUUGCCUGGUCGUGCCUGACAGCAUCCAACAGACAAGAUGCAACGCUUCGAUACACCGGAUUUCUUUUCAUAUCGCAUAUCUGCCAAAAGUUCCUAAUCAACAGGAAGAUCGUACUGCAGGUGUUCCAAAGUCUCUGUGGAUCGUAUCAGUAUGACAGUCGCGAACUCGUACGACGUGCUGCCGAUGUAGUGACGGCGGCUAUGCCAAUAAGAAUGGAAGAUGGACAUCAGCAAAUGUUCAUCAAUGUGAAACGAGUACUGUGUGAAGAAGCUCACAGCCUUGCCCAUAUACAGCAUAUUGUGAGCAUGAUUGUACGAAAUUAUCGUGCUUAUUUCACUUGUCGCCAUGCUCUGUUCAAACCUCUGAUGAGUGCCAUACGCCGUGUGAUCAGCACUCCUAAUUCUGCCAUGGAUGGCGUGAUGACCAGGAAGUUAGCCUUGGAUGUCUGCGAGAUGGUGAUAAAAUGGGAAUUAUUGAGACUGCAGAAAGUGGAGCUGCUCACGCAGGGUUUAACAUCCCAUGAUGAUGAGCUUGAUACUCUACUAAAUGACUCGGAAGCGUCACGACAUACAGCGGUGUCAACAGCCGAAUUUGACGAUCAGCUAUACAAACAGAUGUCAAAGGAAUGUGUUGAUGAAGUUGUUGCCAUGCUUUUGAAAUUUGCAAUACAGCCCACAUCACCUGUACAACCGCAUCAAUUACACCAGGCAACCCUUGAAAAUGGAAAACGAAGUAUAGGACUAAUGAAACAGUGCCUGAAGUCUGCAGUUUGGGGUGAUGUUGUGACCAUCAAAGUUAGCUGGCUUGAAAAAGAGCUCACAGUUCCCCCUGAGUCUCUUGUGAGGCAAGAAAACCAAUCACAAUUAGCUCAGUCAAUCGCUCAAGCACAACAAGCACUGGAAGUUGUUAUAAACCUUGUGACAAUUAUGCCGAAGCCUUUGCUGCUCCAAACAAUCCGCCCAAUCCAGAGGGCUAUAAUCUCUUGCCUGAACAGUGGACAUGGAGCGCUCAUUCGGUUGGUGAAUGUACUCGUUGCUAAACUGUUCGAAAAAUCCAACUGCUCUAUGACUGGCAUGUACGAGUUCGAGAUUCUAAACCAGUUCAUCUCAAAAUAUCUGAACGACAACUUCAAUUCCUACGUGAAAUCUCCAACCUGUCUGGUAAUGAAUGCGUUCUCUGCCUUUUCUCUUCUUCGUGUUAUCUGUCUUCAACAGCCAGGUUACCUCGAUGCAAUGUGUCUGCAAGCUUACAUCAAGGUGCUAGAAAAGGCGGUGAGGGAGCAUAUCCUGCAUGUUACCGAACCAGGAGAAACUACCAGAGAAAAAAUGGCAACAGCUGAAAUGAUUGCGAUGGCUCUGGAGCUACUGCGUCCUAGGAUUGAAGCGAUAUCUGCGGAAGCUAAGAGGACUAUAUGCCAGAAUGUACUCCUUCCUCUCAUCGAGCGAUCAUCUUUCGAGAAAAUCAUAGAUGUUGUGCUUCGUGUAGUAUCAGAGCUCGUAGUCACCCACCGUGAUGAGCACUCAGCAAAUCCUGGACUUCCUCUACUGGUGCGAUUGCAAAGCGUUGUGGAGAAAAGAUACAGAUUAAACGGAGAGCUUAUGAAAAUGUUUCUUAAAGUCGUGCUAUUCGUCUUCGAGCACCCGCUCUUGCUAACGUCUGAUUAUGCUGAUAAGCUCGAGGAUGCUUUUCAUUGGGGCCUUACCACACAUGAUCGAGAGCUACGAGAGAAAUUCCUUCUCGUUUUUGAACGAAAUUUGGUGGUUAAUCCCCUUGCUCGGCUAUCCUACAUUUUGCGCGAAAAGGACUGGGAACCCUUCCGUGACUAUUUCUGGCUUCGUCAUGCUUUAUGGUUGUUGUUGAGAUGCAUUCCCACUUCUGGAAACACCGGCUCAACUCACCGACGAGUGUUUAUUGACAGUUCUGCUACACUAUGGAGAACUAUGCUUGCGGUAGCUGGUUUACGUUCAUCACAUCUGGCAUCUGAUGUCGAACCCGAGGUUGUUGCGCAAGCUUUGGACACCAAUCUGCACCUUUCGGGUGAGACUAAAGCAGACGAAGCUAUGGAAACUGAUCAGGGGAACACUGGUGACAAUCUGGAGAAUCGGCUGGACGUAUUACUCGACGAUCAGAAAAGUUUGAUGAUAGAAGCUUCUUCGUUUGAUUUUUCCGCCGCCGUCGAUAGCAUCAUCGGACUUGUAUUCACUGUGCAAGAUGAUGUGGCUUUUGUGGGAGAUAUGUUUUCACAACUCUUCAACUCCCUAUGGGUCUCUAUGAGUGACGAAGAAAGAAGUUUUCUUGGAGGGCUAGCAGUUCCUUUUAUGACUUCUGGAGUUCACGUGCAGCAAGCACAUGCAGUGCAUCCAGUUAUUAGCAUUUUCCUGGAAACUUUUGCUCGAUGUAAUCCUCCAAUUCAUAUCGGUCCUCUACCCGUUGAGUUUGUCGCUCACCAUUACCAUGCAUGGCAUCGGGGUAUCCUGCUUUUGGAAAACCAAGCUUUGUGCAUACCAAGGAUGCUGAAUAAUGCUGCUUGUAUGCAACAACCGAUAGACCCAAUAGUCAGAGAACAACUGGAUGUACUGGAUUAUCUUCGCUCUCUCUACUCUGAAUUGGGCGAACUUGAUCAGUAUGCAGCUGUCUGGAAUCGUCGAGCGCUCACAACUGAUACUGUGAAAAUCUUAGCUUUGCAGCAGCUUGGGGAUGUCGAAGAUGCUUUGGAACUUAGCCAAACUUCAGCUAGUUCGAUUUUGCAUAAGAUGGAGAGUCAGUUUGGUAAGAUCCCAGCCGGAGAACCUGCGUCGAAGGAAUACGAGUUCCUGGAGGAUUCAUACAUCCAAUGUACGAAGGAGUUAUGUCGAUGGCGUGUGCUUUGUGACAUAGCGAAAAGUUCUCACGUCGAAAAUCCGGAGCUUCUGCUUGAAUCUGCUGUUCAUCUGCCGGAUUGGUAUCUUGCGCGGCAGUGCCGUGAUCAGAUCCUCGCAUGUACACGCCCUGACUUUGUCAUUCCAAGUAUCACCUAUGGAGCUAUGCUUGGAGUUUUGGGAGAUCCCGAAGAUGGUCCGCUUGUACCAGCCAAGAAGUUAGUUGAUGAUGUGACACAAGCACUGGUAGUAGGCUGGCGCGUUCUACCUCCUAUAUUGACACAUGCACAUAUCAAACUUCUGCAAGCAAUGACGAUGAUUCGAGAAGUUGGAGAUGUUCUAGAUCUCAAGAGAGCUUUAGAUGUUGGAAAUCAAAACUGUAGCGCAAUAAUGCAAGAAAUGAAGACUGUCAUAAAGAUAUGGAGAUCACGUACUUACUCCCUCUCGGAUGAGAUGUCUUUCAUCUCUUUAAUGUACGAUUGGCGAAGUCAAAUCCAUACGAUGAUGGUACAGAGAUUCCAUGAUUGGGAGAGAAGUGGAAUUGUCAUGCCUCCCGGAAUGAAUCCACAAGCCAUCCUUCCAAUUCAUUCGGCUGCAACUGGCCAAUUAUUACUAGCUAGAGCUGCACGAGAAAGAGGAAUGGAUGAUAUGGCUAUAAAGACACUGAACAAGUUACAUACUCUAAUCACUCUUCCCAUGAUGGACUGUCAUCAGAAAGUCAUCGAUCACUUGAAGACUUUACGUAGGCUCGCCAAGAAACCCUCAACAACCGCACAACAGAAAGCAGAAUUUUUGCAAGAGGCACUUCUGAUUACUGAAUCUGCUCGCAUCGAAGAUUUCUCUCGAGACCAAUGUUGUCGGCUCUUCUACCAGAAGGGUGCCAUACUUAGUCAGCUUGAAAGAAACGACGAUGCUACUCAUGCCUUCUCUUCCGCUGCAGCCAUGAUAGAUCCCAGUAAUUCUCCACCAAUGAAUACUGCUUGCAAUAUGUUCAAAACUUGGGCACAUCAUCUUGAUAAUCUCUUCCACAGCGAAGUGCAUGAAGCUUCCGCAUUGUCUCGAGGAUCACCAGCGAUUGAUAGCUAUUUCGAAGCAGCUAGAAUUGAAAAUGAAACGAGAGCAAGGAAGUACAUUGCCAGAAUACUGUGGACGGCGAAACACGUGGUCGCAUGUGGCAUAUUUUCCGCUACCGGCCUGGAUCAAGUUUUGAAAGACAGAGCUCGCUCUAUCGUUCCUUUCAAUUGGCUUCCUUGGCUACCACAGCUAGUGACAGAACUCCAGGAAAGGCCUACAUCGGGUUUUAUCCAUGUGGUGGAACGAAUAGCAGCUGCAUAUCCACUUCUAGUCGUCUCGGCUUUGCGUCCUGUCCUUGAUGCAGCAAUUUUUGCGAAAGUUAUUGAAAGUGUGUCAAAGAAACAACCCAUACCGGCAUUGCCGGAUGAUCACAAAAACGCUGCUCUGGUCAAGAUUCUGGAGAAAGCAUGCUUAUCUCGUUUGACUGAUGUUCGAAUGUGGGACAAGCUUCUAACUGGUUUCUCCGAAAUGCGAGAAUUCUGGGCAGAAAGACAUCUGCGUUACGCUUCUCAAUUGAAGGAUGAAAUUCUCAGGUGCUUGUAUGAAGCGCGAGAAACUCGUUUGGAAACAGCGAGGCUGGAUGACAAAGCUAUGGCGACGAUGUCAUUAUGGUGUGCUAAACUCAAGGAAAACAUAGGCGACGAUAUUCUUCGUGAAAGUGAGGUUCCAUCUUCUUCUCGACAUGCGCUACCACUGCAGACUGAAGAACAGUUCAUCGACGAAAUUCGCACUGAAGUUUUGGAAGUUCUCAAUGCACCAACUGCAUUUGGACCAGCGUUGCUGAAACUCGCUGAGACCGUCAUUAAAUGGCAAACAAAGCUGCAUAAUCGCUUAUACUCUUUGCCAAGACGAUAUCCCAUCCGACUAUCCAGCAAGUUCCUUGCUGACUACAGCAGCGCAAUGGCAUGCAUAGAAAUACCGUCAUCAUUCAAUGCCAAUGUCACAAAGCAGUACCAGUAUGUGACUUUGAUAGCAAGAUUCAAUCCUCAUGUGGAAGUUGUGGUGAGGAGUGGGAGAGUCAUGAAGAAGCUGCAAAUAAUGGCCGUCAAUGGAAAGACAAGCGUCUACUACCUCCAGCGCUCCAUUUUCAAAGAAAAAACCAAUCGCUGUCAACAAUAUUUGCAAUUAGUGAAGACAUUGUUGGUUAAGGAACGGGAAACUGCUCGUCGUCAUCUGUUUGUUUUUACACCCAAUCAGCUAGUCGUCUCUCCGCAUGCUGUUCUUAUGGAUGUUGGAGGUGCCUAUCCGAUGAGCUUUGUGGCGAAAAAACCUCAUAUUUUUGAAACUAUACGUCCUCUUGAUGUAUUUGCUGAAUACGGGAUGACGUUCGGUAUGAGACCUGAUGACGCUAUCACUAUGUACUACGAUAGAAUAGCUGCUGCGGAAGGAGACCUUCACUCAGUGAUGCUGGACACGUAUAGGGGAUUCGUUGUCGAAAAUUUCAUUGGACCUUCAAUCUUCCAAAACUAUAUAUUGGAACGUUUCACUGACUCCACCUACUACUACUUAUUCCGCAAAAGGAUUGCUCAACAGCUGGCUGUCAUGAGUAUUUUGGAGAUGUUAGUGCGUUUGUCUCCGCUGUUCCUGGACGACCUUUAUAUUCGCACUUCUACAGCUCAAGUGGCUGCUCCCCGGUACAACUUCACCUUUGACUCAGGAGUUGAGAGGAAAGUGCCAUUUCGGUUGACACCAAACUUGCAAUGGUUCCUUGGAAUGACUUUGGAAGGCGAUUUUCUGUGGGCAGCAGCAGCUGUAGUACGAUGUUUGUUCCGUCGGGAGCAACAUUUUCUGCUUCGACCGCUUAUUCUAGACGAAAUCAUUAUUCGAGGCAAUCAUGACAAGGUCGCCGCAUGUGCUGAAGCAAACAGUUUCAUCAAAAAUAUGGUUGCUGAGACGACAAGGAUGGCGUCGCAGGAAGCCAGUGCAUUGCAGAAUGAACUCUACAAUGCUAUCGAAAGAGCUCGUAGUCACGAAAAUUUGUCGCAGAUGGAUCCGCGGUGGCAUCCAUGGUUCUGAUCUAGCUUAGAAGAAUCAUUUUGCUUGUUGUUCUGUGAAACUUCUUUUAUAAGUAUCUCCUCUGAUUUACGGGUAUCCUGCAACGAGUUUUACUUUAUUAUGAACGAGCU